CUGGGAUACUGUGAUAAUUGUCCUGUUAUAACUUCACUGACAGUUGAGGACAACAACUAGACCUUAGUGAGAGCAUCACCAUGAACACCUUUAAGCUUUGCUGUACAUUUGUGUUUCUUCUCACACUGAUGAAAGGAGCGCUUUUUCUGACCUGUGGGUUUUCUACCUUUACUGAAAGCCUGAGUAAAGAAGAAUCUAGUUCUAUCAAUAUCAACUACACCAUCAACAUUACGGCAAGUCCUGAUGUUACAGACACUCUUAACGCUGAUUAUCAGGUUUGUGAAGGAAACUCUCUGAGAACUGCAUGUAUAUUUUUCUACGACAAAAACUUUAACGAGUUUAAGAAGGACGUGAGUGGAACGACAGGAGUCACCUGCUACUGGGAACAACGACACGUGAGCAGCUCUGUGGUGGCUUUAGACAUCUACAUCUCUCAGGUCGUCACCAGGUCACUGAGUGCGUUGAUAGUCUCCACUGGGAGAGGUGGGGAUCCCAAACCUACCCGACUGAUACGUGUUGAGGUGUUAUACCCACCCAAAGUCAUAAAUCUGACUGUGGACGGGGGCGAUAAUGCCAUCAUCGAUGAGGGCAAGGUGGUCAAUAUUUCCUGCUUGUUUGAGAAUGGAAAUCCUCCAGGUCUCUUCUAUUUGCUGGAUAAACAUGGAAAUAAGCUGAGUUCCUCUAGUUCUGAAGGACGCCUUAGCUCCUCUCUUACUGCUCGGUGUGAAGAUGACUGGCCAGUCGUCAGGUGUGAAGGCAACGGGUCUCAACACAAUAGAUCCGUGACAAUCCUCGUCAAGUGUCAUCCUCAGUUUGUUUACAAGUCAACGAAAAUCAUCAAUCAUGGUGUUGACACUGUAACGUUUGGUGUCAAGGCUCACACCACAGCAGUCAAUGGAUGCCUCUUGACAUUACUCACUUUACAAGAAAACAACACUAGGGAAGUGAACUGCAUCCUUACUGGGAAUCCACCUGACCUCGUCCUAAGUCUUCAGCUCGAGAGAGACGACAGUUUCCGUGGAAACUGGACAUUGACACUAAGCAAUGACUGGGGCUCUUCCAACACAACUUUCAUUGUGUUAGAUGAGUCAACACCAGAGCUAACUUCAGGGACAACAAUAAACAUCGAACUCGUGUGCGGCAUUGUGGCUGCUGUAGCUUUGAUCGCUGUUGCUGGUAUUUGUGCCAUUAGAAAGGUCAAAGUGCAAAAAUAUGGUACGAUUUUAAAAAGAGGUAAUGGAAGGACUGACGUUCUUUAUAAACGACUUUAAAUGUAGCCAAUAAGAUGGCUCUAAUAAUACCUGAAUACUGUUAGUUCUGUAAUUUUAAGAAGUAAACACGCAGUUUUUUUUCAAAUAAGCAAUAGCUAACUUUUUAAAUAUUUUGUUGUUUCGAUUUCUGUCUUUGUUUGUAAUUGCUGUAUGUAUACAUUUUGAAAUGACAGAGUCACCAGCUCUGUUUGUUUUUGUGAAUUAGAUAAAAUUAGGGGGAGGGGCAGCGAAGAAGUAGCGGAGAACCCCAGAGAAUAUCCGGCUUUAUGUAUCUAAAGUGCGAUAUCAGACGAGUUCGUAUUAAACUGUUGUUCAAUGCACAUCAUCAAGUACGAUCUAUGCGCCCCAGGGUUAAAUAAAGAGAAACUUAACCCUCCCUUUUCUCCACGAGCUAUAAGUGUGUUUACUAUAAUUUAUAUAAGUCACCGCAUAGUAUGAACACCGACAGACAUAUUGGAUGUUUGUACGCGUCCAUGGUAUGAGGAACGGAAAACGCCAGCGACAUUAUUCUUUGGUAAGUACAUUUAAUUUUCAUGGUAUCUAUCUAUUUCAAACAUAAUUAACAUCUAGACUUAUUAAUGAAGUCUUGAAAUAAUUUUCUCCAAAAACCUUUUUUUUCGUAAAUAAAUCAUGUAUCAAGGUAUUUUAAUCAACUAAUAAACGUGUGAAAAUUUCUUGGCAUAUGAAAUACAUAGGUUUGCUCUUAGUAUGGUUACUUGAUUGAAUAGUUUGUUGGUAGAAAAUGACGACCUUCAGCUCGAAGCAAUUCACACUACAAAGUGAGAGAGAUGAUAGAAGAGAAGGAAACAAGACUUCCUGAAAUAAAGUCGGAUGGCAGAGUGGCAUAGAGCAUCAGAAGACCGCUGUUUGUGAGAGGGAUUUCCUGAGAAAGUUUGUUUCCUUGUGUUAACACCGGCCUAAGAGACGAGGAUCAUGGGCCAAGGUCGAAUAUUCAGCGUGACUGGUAAGUCUGAACCGAAACUUCGUAUGUCUCGGCAAACAAGAACCAUAGAAGUCCACUUGCGCGUGAGACUCUGGGCAGAGGAAGGGUGUGUGGACUCAAAGUGUUCUCCCCUAUUAAAGUACCACAGAGGCAAAAGAGUAUUCGUCAUCUUCUCUCACACUGCCAAGUGUACAAAUCACAGUUUUUUUCAGACAUUAUUCAAACUUCAUAGCAAAAUUUCAUUUCGAGAUCGUAUUUUUCUUUUGACUGACUUUCAUUACAAGAGAAGUAGAUAUACAUUCUUAUCAUGUACCAAUUUCCAGAACAAAUUAAAUUGUAAUUAUGUCAAACAUUUUCAAAACUUAAAAAAUGCUGUUCAUAUCUACAAAAUGUACAUGUCUUCAGUUUAUCUCCCUUUUCUUGCAUGGCCUAAUUCUGCUCUAUCCACUGUUAAUCAACAAUUCUCCCUUUUCAUUCAGAAUGUGAUGUCACCAUGUUUACAUCACUGUCACAUACAAAACCGCAUUUAAAAUAAAUCAGAGUAAAGGCCCCGUGGCUUUGUGAACAAAGGAUGCACCAUUUGGAUGUCAGAAUGGACAACAUGAAGUCUUCCAUGGAUUCCAGGGAAUGCCUAAUACCCAUGAGAUGUGAUGCAACAUUACAAAUGUUAUAAAGAGGUUUUCAAAAGAAUGUACCUUUGUAUAAUUUACAACUAUUUCUUAGCAUAUGACUGCAUUUUGCUUUCUUCCACUCCAAACUAUGUUUGUACAUAGUUGAAAUGCAUUUCCUUGAUUCAUUUAUCUGUUAAUAUUUGUCCAUCUCUGUGCCAGAUGUUAGUGACCAAAAAAUAAACAGUCUCAAAUUUCCAAAAUGGAUGUCAUGUUUUUACGUGAACCAUGCUAUCUCUGACUCUUUAUUUCAGCCAAAAAAUGACAAUUUCCGUCCUGAUUCGUCUGUUUUCUUCUCCUGUUUUUUCUAUGUAAUGGGAUGUUGAUGGACUGAUCAACUCAGACCUAGUUAAACAAUCACGAGUUCGCCCGAGCCACUGGAAUAAAAACAAAAUAUUAAAAUAAUAUAUUCUAUAAUUUUCUGGAGGGAAAAGAUCUUCUCAGCCACUGUACAGCCUGUUACAGACAAGCUAAAAGGCAAUGGUCGUGAUUACUGUUUUGUUGUAAUGAAUGAUUUAUAAAUUUAAAA